CUGAGCUGAGGGAGCCUUUUCUUGGGGCAGAGCCAGUGAAGUCAGUGUCCGCCUCGUCCUACACAAAUGGGAGUUUAAAUCUUUCCACCCCUGCAGAGCUCAGCCUCACGUCUGGAAUCAGUUCAUCAGUGUGGUUUCUGAGUCGCUAAGAUGGUACGAGAACAGUACACCACAGUCACGGAGGGCACCCACAUCGAGCGGCCCGAGAACCAGCACGUCUACAAGAUUGGGAUUUACGGCUGGAGGAAACGCUGUCUCUACCUCUUCGUUCUUCUCCUGCUCGCCACCCUGGUUGUGAAUCUCGCUCUCACGAUCUGGAUUCUGAAAGUGAUGUGGUUUUCUCCAAUAGGAAUGGGUCAUUUGCAUGUUACACAAGAUGGACUUCGCCUGGAAGGGGAAUCCGAGUUUUUAUUUCCACUGUAUGUCAAAGAAAUACGCUCCAGAGUGGACUCAUCUCUGCUUCUGCAGUCAACUCAGAAUGUGACAGUCAGUGCUCGCAACUCAGAAGGGGAGGUCACAGGCAGGGUGAAAGUGGGUGCCGAAAUGGUAGAAGUCCAGAGCCAGCACUUCCAGAUCAGCUCUGAGAAUGGCAAGCCACUGUUCACCGCCGAGGAGCAGGGUAUGGUGGUCGGCACGGGCAGACUGCGAGUCACGGGGCCAGAAGGAGCUCUUUUUGAACACUCAGUGGAGACACCCCUCGUCAGAGCUGACCCAUUUGAAGACCUUAGGUUAGAAUCCCCAACCCGGAGUCUAAGCAUGGAUGCCCCGAGGGGGGUUCACAUUAAAGCUCCCACUGGGAAGAUGGAGGCCCUUUCUCAAAUGGACAUCGUCUUGCGGAGUAGUGAUGGAGUGCUGGUGCUUGAUGCUGAAACUGUGGCUUUGCCCAAGCUGAAGCAGGGGACACCGGGUCCCUCUGGCAGCUCUACGGGGUCCUUUGAGAUUUGUGUGUGUCCUGAUGGGAAGCUGUACCUGUCUACGGCUGGUGAGGCCACCACCUGCGAGGAACACAGCCACAUCUGUCUCUGACCGCUACCUCUUCUGCAGAGCACGAAGUCAUCUUGAUGAGCCGAGAGCUGUGGCCUCAGCCUUCGUGUCCAUGGCAGCUGGAUGGGAGCUGGAGGCUCAUUGCUAAAGCACUUAGACGCAUGAAGGGGAUGGGG